GGGAGUGCAGGCAGGCCAACUCCUCCCUACACACACACACUCGCACACACACAGGCAACCCACCCAUCCAUCAGAUCAACCUCCUCCCUCCUUUCCCCACACCCUCCUCGCUUGUUGGCUCACCUAGGGUCUCUCUCCCCUCUCUCUUUCUCUCGCUGCGUGUGUCUAUGUGCCCUGUGUCUCUCUGUGUGUGUCUCUCUCUCAUCUGCGGACCCAUUUAUGCAUCCGUUAGGAUUCGGUCCAACCUCCAGAGGUUGUGGCUUUCUCGUUGCGAGAUACGCGAAUAUGCUACCAAUCCCUCACCGCCUACCCUACAAAACACUAAGAACGUCGACUAUGUACGACCUGAGUACGGCGUCCUCGCUAUCCAUUAUCGCGGUUCUCGGUUCUUGUACCUGAUGAUCCAUCACCUGCCCUCCACGUAUGCAUCAGCCACUGGGUCCGUCGGCCAUGGCGCACCAGUUUCACCCUGCCUAGUAGGUAUUGUGUAAGACUGGGCAUCGCCACCCGGCGCUGCGGCCAAUGGCCAGUGGCUAGUACCUACGGUAGAACCUCUCUCU